AACUAUAAAAAAUAAAGACAACAUAGACAAAGGGGAAGUAUGGAACUAUGUCCACUUUUGCAAUUAAAUUAUAAACUCAUUCCUAAUGUCCUAAUCCUCUAUAGAUGAAUGUUUGUUUAUACAAGAAACCAAACCCCACAUCAAAAUUCAUCAUCAUACUCUUCUCACCUCACCUUCCCUUUCUUACACUAUUUCCUUCCUUUCUACCUUCCAAUCAAAACCAUCCACCUAUAACAAGACAAAAAACGUUGUAGUUAUAAGUCACUUUGUUUCUUCUUCUUCUUCCACUUCUAUUCCAUCAUCAUCAUCAUCAUUAUUUUCACCACAACAAACUACCAAAAACUUCUGUUACCUGUUUUUUCCUUUGUCUUUCUGCAAAAUUUCACUAAGACCAUAAUCGUUAAAACCAAAAAAGACCCGUUUUUUAAUACAACAAAGACGAAAUUUCUUGAUUAUGAUUCACGGGUGCUAUUUGGCUAUGUCUUAAUCUCUUGUGACCCAUUCAAUACGCAACGCAACUUUUGACUCUGAAAAACAAAAGAAGAACUUUUUUUCUCUUCAAAAGUCAUGGAACUUGCGCAAAUUCAUGAGUUGGAUUUAGAGGGUUUGGAUUCAAAACAACAGAUGAACAUAGGUUCUCAGAGAAUUUUGGUUUCAGAUCAUAUAAACGCAUAUCAAUAUUCUUCUGAGAAAGUAGAUAGCUAUGUGAUUGAUAUGGAUUCUUUCUCUUCCAGCAUCAACAAAGACAUCAUCAAUGCCAAUUCAAGAACUACGUUGCAAAGGAACCUUUCAAGGAAAGGAUCUCAACGUGAUAGAAAUGUGAGUGGCAAUGUCACACUUCAAGACAAGGACACUGUCCCUACUACAUGCUCUCCGAAAGCUUCUCUGUUAGGACCAUGCAAGUCAACGGUGGUAACGGUGGGGUCCACACAGAAUUCAACAAACCCACCACAACAAGUACAUCAUCAAAUUACAGUCACAGCAGCUAGUAACAUGCGUAACAACAACACUGAAAAUAAAUGUAUAACAAGGAGAAGUACUUCUUAUUCAUGGCUCCUUGACCCUAAAAAAGUUCUUCUUGCCUUUGCCACAUUCUCGAGCGUGGGAACGUUGUUACUGAUAUACUUGACUCUUAGUAUCAGCAAGCAUAAUGGAGUUGAAUAUGGAAGUGAUUUGCAGUAGUUACCAAUUCCGCCCGACUUAUAUCGUAUACAAUGAGAUUUUGAGACACGCCAUAAAAUUUGAAGAACGCAAUAUUUCACAAGUUGCAAAUGCGCGCUAACUAGAAUUUCCACCAUCUUUAUGUCAGAAUCAGUUACCUCUUCUGGUGCUACAAAAGGAUAUAUUAUGCACUAUGAUAGAGGGGAUGGAAUAUUUCUUUUACAAUAGCUGAUAAUGAUAAAGAUCACAUGGAAGAGGAUGAGAUCAUGAGAAAGAUCUCUUUAGUUUAUUUGGUGUGUUAUUUUUAGGGUAUAGUGGAUUUGAAGUAUGAGAAAGUUACUUUUUUCUUUUUCUCUUCUUAGGAAUUUAUAUACCUCAUCAUCACUUGUAUAUGUAUCAUUCUGUUUUGUUUUGCUCUUACAUGAAAUCCUACUAGUAAUAGCAAUUGAACCUUUUUCCAUUUUUGUAAAUUUAAAGUGAAGGAAUAUAAGGAAAAGGAGUGCAAUAGUGAAACUGCAAUGCCAUGGGAACUACCUACAAGAUGCAAAAGUGCAAUGCUGUGAGCAGUAGGCACAAAAAGAUAUGCAUGCUCAAUGAAAUUUUUGGUCUUUAUCAAUAAAGCUGUAAACCACUAGUUGUUUUUCAAGGGACAAAUAAUGUAAUGAUGAUAUAUUAGGAAACUUUUUUGAAUAAA